UUGUCCUUCUUCCCGUCUUUCCUGCAGGCAUUAAAAAGAUUCUAGACCAUCCGAGCCGUCUUCUAAAGUUCGGGUUGCUGUGUAUGCCUCAUUUGAAUUGAGCCCCAUGCUCGGUCAUGGAGAACGCCUCCGCAGAUUCGAGGUCUCUGUAGGGGAAUUAGUAGAACGCAGUGAAAAUUCACGUCGUCCGUAACUUCUGUCAUGAAUCGCGCCUGUCGGAUGUUGACAGGACAACCCAGCUUUCGACUUUCAGCCCAAGGCGGGCGAUGUCGUAUCCUCAUGUACUUCGCUGUUUGCCACUGUGGAGCAGCGAGUUUCUUAUGAAGACGACGCCCCGGCUGUUGUCCCGAUUGCUCCUUCGACAUCAUACGACACAUACAAAUUGGAACUCAUGACGAAUGCGGGACAUUGUAUUCUUGCGCGCUACAAAAGGACGCAAGACCAUAGGGAUCUCGAUCAAGCUAUAAAGCACUUCGAAUGCGCCUCUGAUCUCUGUCCCGUUGAUCAUCCUUACCGCCCUGCGACACUGUCCAACCUAGCUACUGCGAAGUUCGUCAGUUGCCAGGUAAAUGGAACCUACCUCGACCUCGACAUCCCCAUCUCUCUUUUUCAAGAUGCGCUUGAUAUGCGUCCCACAGGUCAUCCAGACCGACCUCUCACCCAACUCCAUCUUGCCAUCGCUCUGCUGUCUCGUUUCGCGAAACGGGGAUUUCAAGCGGAUGCUGAUGCGGCUAAAGAGUUACUGAAUGAAGUUGGAAAUGUCUCCCUUGCCGAUAGCCACGUAUCCAGAGCAGCUCUGCUUUCAAUCGAAACCUCUGCUUUGGUCAGAAGCACUGAUGCAAAUACACUUGGGGCGGAGGGGCCCAUUGCAUCCAUGCUUCCGUGGUCCCCAAGUGAACUUGCUCGUCGAGCAGAGUUGUGUUUGCGCACAGAUGACCUCCAUGCCGUGGAUGAAGUGAUAUCCCUUCAUUAUGAUGCGCUAGGAUACUACAGCACAGCGAAUGAUCAGCGAGGGCAAUUGCUGUGUAAUGUCGGUCUAAUGCUGGCCACCCGCUUCAACCGUCGAGGCAAUAGUCAAGACCUCGACAAGGCCAUUGCGUUUGAGAGGGAAGCACUGGCUUUGCACCCGAUUGGUCACACAGAUCGGUACGAGGCAUUGAAUAACCUUGUAAAUCAACUCUCCACCCGCUUCGAGCUCCAAGGCAAUGACCAAGACUUGGAUGAUGGGAUCAUGCUGAACAGGGAAGCGCUGGCUUUGCACCCGGUCGGUGACGCGAAGUUCUGGGCAUUGAAUAACCUUGCAAAUGCACUAUCCACCCGCUUCAAGCACCGAGGCAGUGUCCAGGGCUUGGAUGAGGCUAUCGUGCAUCACAGGGAAGCGCUGGCUUUGUGCCCGGUCGGUCACAAAUAUCGGUACGGGUCAUUGAAUAACCUUGCAAAUCAACUCUCCAUCCGCUUCCAGCACCGAGGCAAUGACCAAGACUUGGAUCUGGCUAUCGUGCUUCAGAGGGAAGCGCUGGCUUUGUGCCCGGUCGGUCACACACAUCGGUCCUUGUCAUCGGAUAACCUUGCAAAUCAACUCUUCAUCCGCUUCCAGCACCGAGGCAAUGACCAAGACUUGGAUGAGGCUAUUGUGCUGAACAGGGAAGCGCUGGCUUUGUGCCCGGUCGGUCACACAAAUCGGUCUGCGUCAUUGAAUAGCCUUGCAAGUCAACUCUCGCCCCGCUUCGAGCACCGAGGCAAUGACCAAGACUUGGAUGAGGCUAUCAUGCUUCUCAGGGAGGCGCUGGCUUUGUGCCCGGUCGGUCACGCAGAUCGGUCCGUGUCAUUGAUUCACCUUGCGGCUCGACUGUCCACCCGCUUCAAGGAGCACCGAGGCAAUGACCAAGACUUGGAUGAGCCUAUUGUACUUCUCAAGGAAGCGCUGGCUUUGUACCCGGUCGGCCACAAACAUCGGUACAUGUCAUUGAAUAGCCUUGCAAUUGAACUCUCCACCCGCUUCAAGCACCGAGGCAAUGACCAAGACUUGGAUCAGGCUAUCGUGCUUCACAGGGAAGCGCUGGCUUUGUGCCCGGUCGGUCACACACAUCGGUUCAUGUCAUUGAAUAACCUGGCAGGUGAACUCUCCAUCCGCUACGAGCACCGACGCAAUGACCAAGACCUCCAGGAGUCACUACAGAAUCUCCGCUGUGCAUUGACUCUCUUAACGCAACAUGAUCCUCGACAACUAGGAGUCCGUCGGUCACUAGCCGCUGUAUAUCUGCUGGCCUAUCAAUCAGGCCUUGGUGAACACACCGAGGAUCUGAAUACCGCCAUGCAUCAUCUCAAGGUAGCAGCAAAUUCUGUCUCUGGUGGUUUGCUAGCCCGCCUGCGCACAAGUCUAAGCUGGGUUCGCCAUGCUGAUCAACAUUCACAUGGCACCGACCUCGAGGCUCGUGCAACUUCCAUCCAACUUCUGGAUGCUUUCAUGUCUGCAACAGCUUCGGUGUCAUCACGUCAUCGUAUCAUGAAGGAGUUCCCAAGCACGCUCGCAGUUAAUGCCGCAUCAUGCGCUCUUCGUCGUGGCGAUGUGUGCCGUGCUGUAGAGUUGCUGGAACAAGGCAGAACUCUCAUAUGGACCCAGAUGGCGCGAUUCCGCACGCCUCUUGACAGCCUCCAGGAUCGUGGUGUUCAUGCAGAGGCAUUGAUGAAGAAAUUCCGAGACCUCAGCUCUGUUCUUGAUCGACCUCCCUCGAAUCAUCCAGAAGGGAUGUCAAGAGUUGACGUAGAAGCAGAAGCUACGAGGUACAGACGUGGAGUGGAGAACUGGAAUACAGCUCUGGAUGACAUCCGUAAGAUCGAGGGCUUCGACCGCUUCCUACUCGCCCCCUUGUUCUCCGAACUUCAAGAUGCUGCUCGUGAUGGCCCCAUCAUCAUUCUCAUCGCAAGCAAGUCGUUUUGCGAUGCAAUCAUCGUCUCACACCAGGACCCUCCUAUCACUGUAGGACUUGCUAUCACUGUAGAAAAAUUGGUGCAAUUAGUGAUCGCACUCCAACGGACGGUGAGAAACGAGCAGGAGACACAAGCAAAGCUGGUGGAAACUUUGAGACAGCUGUGGGUCGAGGUAGUGAACCCUGUGGUUGAAAAUCUAGCCGGAGUUGCAGAGCGAGGGUCGCGAAUCUGGUGGUGCCCAACCUUCACUCUUCAACUUCCUGCCUUUGCACGCCGCUGGCGAAUACAAGGGCGGUGGAAAGUCAGCUUUCGCAGCUAUAUGUUUCUUCAUACACUCCAUCCCUUACUGCGCUCAUCAAGGCUCGCAAACGUCGUGACAAGUCUCUCCUCGUGUCCUUCGCUGCCAUCGGUCAGAACCACCCACCAGAACAUAAACAUCCUUUGGAAUGUGUCGAGUCGGAACUGGACUUGGUGCAGAGCCUCCUACCCCCUUCCCCAACCAUUUCCUUUACCUAAAGUCACGAGCGCUGACUCAACGAAAUCAACCGCUCUGCUCACAUUGCGAGAUAAUCAUUGGGUCCAUUUUGCCUGUCACGGGACACAAAACUCGGUGGAACCCUUCAAGUCAGCAUUUCUCAUGCGCGACGAACCACUUCAACUUCAAGAUAUCAGCCACAGCGGAUCUAUCUCGGCACGAAUUUGCAUUUCUUUCUGCUUGUCAGACCGCAGUCGGUGACUUUCAGAACUCCUGACGAAGUAGAUUCACUUGGCCGCUGGCUUACAAUUUUCUGGGGUGAAGAGUGUGAUUGGUACAUUUUGGAAUGUUGAUGACAGCACGGUGCAACGCUUAGUCGAGGCAUUCUACAAGGAGUUUUGCGGAGACGGAAAGAUGAAUUCAAAACGAGCUGCGCGAGCGCUGCACAAAGCAGUCCAGUCGUUGAAAGACUUGCCCUUGGACCAGCGCAUCGUGUUCAUGCACAUUGGCAUAUGAUCAAUUUCCAUCCAACU